AGAAGAAGAAGAAGCCCAAAUUGAUAACAAACCCGCUGCUGAUCGGAUGGAAUAUCUUUGAUUUCACAGUAGUACACACUGAUGUUUGCCAAUAAUGAACAAAUAAGGGUGGUUGAUGACUAACCCAUGAGAUCUUUCAGUGAUCACAGGGUCACUCAACUCUGUGAGACCUUCAACAGACAUAAUCCAUCCACUCACACAAACCAACAUGAUCUCCGAGCAGGCCAGCACCCUGCCGGCAUUCAAGGGCCCCGGCGACCCCAGUCCGGGCUACUUCUCCUGGGGCCUUCGCUUCCAGGUCAUCGGCCUGGGCUUUGCCUUCUACACGGCCGUGUUCCUCCUCUCCCACCUGGUGUCCAUGGCUCUCUCCCAGACCUACCGCUCUCUGCUGGCUAAGGAGAAGGUGUUCUGGAACCUGGCGACCACACGGGCCGCGUUUGGCCUCCAGAGCACGGUGGCGGGCCUACGGGCGCUGACCGAGGAGUCGGCCGUGUCCAGGGACAGGGUCAGAGGUCAGGAGGACUGGUCUUGGUUCACUGUGCUCACAGCCACAGGCUUCUUUCUGUUUGAGAAUGUGGCGCUGCAUGCCUCCAGUGUGGUGUUCAGGGCUUUCGACCUUCCCCUGGCCGCCCAUCAUUUCUUUGCCCUGUCAGGGUUUGCUGGGGCGGUGGUCUGGGACUCACUAGGACAUUACCUGCCCAUGGUCACUCUGCUGCUGGAGAUGAGCACACCCUUCACCUGCAUCUCCUGGAUGUUACUAAAGGCAGGCUGGGCGAGGACGCUAUUCUGGAAGGCCAACCAGUGGGUGAUGAUCCACAUGUUCCACUGCCGCAUGGUGCUCACGUACUACAUGUGGUGGGUGAGCUGGAGCCACUGGGGGGAGAUGAACAUGUACGUGGCUCUGCCCCAGCGCAUCCUCUUCUACACUGGCCUGGGCAUGCUCACAGUGAUCAUCAACCCCAUCUGGACGCACAAGAAGACCAUGCAGCUCCUCAACCCUGUCGACUGGAACUUCAGCAACAAGCCGCCGCCCAAUGGCCCCAGUGGGGAGCAGAAGGAGAAAACUCAUGAGAGAUAAACAAGCCAAGAACUGUGAACCUGUUUGGAGAGUUAUGGGGCUCUUUUACUAUGCUUGUAAAGGAGAGGAAGGGUGAUUCAUUUCUCACAAACUCUUUAGCUUUUAGUGCUUGAGAUGUUUUGAAGAUUUCAAGUUGAACUAAACUACUGUUUUUUGAAAGGUUUUCAGUACAGGUUUUAGGUCUGCUGUGUCUCUACAAGAUGGGGAUGAAAGGGCUUCUUGCUCUUGGACUUUAGAACCUAGCUGGGUUCUGAAAGGAGAUGUCACUGACGACAAGAAAUCAUCUCACAGUAUUAUUGUCUUUGCUUGACUUUGGUUAUAAUUUGCUGUUUUGAUUAGUGUUGUUUUAUUGCGAAGGAGUGCAGAUGAGAAAGGUAUAUUAUUGUUCUGUUUACUUUGUUCAGCUUCCAGCAUGAAGGUGUGAAUGUGUUAGUUAACCUCUCUGGAAUGGGGUGUUGCCUGGUUUGAAGUGCCCUGAGGCACCAGUGGUAUUUGCACUUACAGGCACAGUGUGUGGUCACUCAACCACUGUGCUGAGUACAGAUAGGUCCAUGAGGCAGCAGAUUUACUGGUUGAGAACAAACACAGUGAUAGACUGGAGACUGGGUCAUUGGUUCUGGCAGAUCACACGUCAUUGGAAGGAAAGCAACUUUGUUCUGUAUCAUACAAAAUGCUUCCUGACUUGCUUGAGAUUAGACUGUAAUGUGUGCCGGUAGAGUUGCAUGCUCUAAUUUAAUCUUUAUCAAUGCAUCUCAUCUUGUAGAAAUUGUUCCUGUGCUCUGUGGCUGUCAGUGUAGUAUCUUUGAAAGUGGGGUUGACUUGACGCACGUAGACUGUAAUACUAAGACAGUGGAUGGAUGCUAAGGGAGCUACCAGAAGCAUUACUGUUUUCAAAGGAGCAACUGUAGGGAGUAGACUAAUAACAAGCACCACCGUGCAGGCCAAACAGACAGUCAUGUUGCUUCCCUUUGUAACGUAACUAGUCUCUACCACUGAUCUGCCUGAAAAUGAAGUUAGGGGUUAAUACUUUAUGGGUAAUCUCUUUAGUCUCCUUUAUGUUACCUAUCUCAUUGGACCUUCUGUAUGCCUGCAAAUUAGUUUCAGUGGACAAUUAAAUCAGGUUGAGUCAUGUGA